AUGACUUCACCAGCUACAAAUUUUAAAGUUGCGGAUAUUUCAUUAGCUGCCUUUGGUAGAAAAGAUAUUGAAUUAUCAGAAAAUGAAAUGCCAGGUUUAAUGUAUAUUAGAAAAAAAUAUGGCCCAUCUCAACCUUUAAAAGGUGCUAGAAUUGCGGGAUGUUUACAUAUGACAAUUCAAACAGCUGUUUUAAUUGAAACUUUAGUCGCUUUAGGUGCAGAAGUUACUUGGUCAUCUUGUAACAUUUUUUCAACUCAAGAUCAUGCUGCUGCUGCUAUUGCUGCUUCUGGUGUUCCAGUUUUUGCUUGGAAAGGUGAAACUGAAGAAGAAUAUCAAUGGUGUAUUGAACAACAAUUAUUUGCUUUUAAAGAUGGUAAAAAAUUAAAUUUAAUUUUAGAUGAUGGUGGUGAUUUAACUUCUUUAGUUCAUGAAAAAUAUCCUGAAAUGUUGGAAGAUUGUUAUGGUUUAUCAGAAGAAACAACUACAGGUGUUCAUCAUUUAUAUAAAUCAUUAAGAGAUGGUAAAUUAAAAGUUCCAGCCAUUAAUGUUAAUGAUUCAGUUACUAAAUCAAAAUUUGAUAAUUUAUAUGGUUGUAGAGAAUCAUUAGUUGAUGGUAUUAAAAGAGCUACUGAUGUUAUGAUUGCUGGUAAAGUUGCUGUUGUUGCAGGUUUUGGUGAUGUUGGUAAAGGUUGUGCUAUGGCUUUACAUGGUAUGGGUGCUAGAGUCAUUGUUACUGAAAUUGAUCCGAUUAAUGCUUUACAAGCUGCUGUUUCUGGUUAUCAAGUUGCUCCAAUGGAUGAAGUUGCAAGUAUUGGUCAAAUUUUUGUCACUACAACUGGUUGUAGAGAUAUUAUUGUUGGUGAACAUUUUGAAAAAAUGCCAGAAGAUGCUAUUGUUUGUAACAUUGGUCAUUUUGAUAUUGAAAUUGAUGUUGCUUGGUUAAAAUCAAAUGCUGAAUCAGUUGUUAAUAUUAAACCACAAGUUGAUAGAUAUUUAAUGAAAAAUGGUAGACAUAUUAUUUUAUUAGCUGAUGGUAGAUUAGUUAAUUUAGGUUGUGCUACUGGUCAUUCAUCAUUUGUUAUGAGUUGUUCAUUUUCAAAUCAAGUUUUAGCUCAAAUUGCUUUAUAUAAAUCUCAAGAUAAAGAAUUUAGAGAACAAUUUCCAGAAUUUGCUAAAUCAGGUCCAUUUGAUGUUGGUGUUCAUGUUUUACCAAAAGUUUUAGAUGAAACUGUUGCAAGAUGUCAUUUAGAUCAUUUAAAUGCUAAAUUGACUACAUUAACACCAAAACAAGCUGAUUAUUUGGGUAUUCCAGAACAAGGUCCUUAUAAAGCUGAUAUUUACAGAUAUUAG